CGCUCUCUCUCUCUCUCUCUCUCCCUACCUUCUCCGGGAGUCCCCGAUCAUUUCCCGGCGAUAUAUAAUUUCAUUUGCCGGAAAAUCCUGAUCCGAUCCAAGGAUCUCAUAAUCUCGAAGGUUGGCGUGUAGAUCGGACCGAUGGCGCCUGUUUCGGCUCUCGCCAAGUACAAGCUCGUGUUCUUAGGAGAUCAAUCCGUGGGAAAAACCAGUAUCAUAACUCGCUUCAUGUACGAUAAAUUCGACAACACAUAUCAGGCCACAAUUGGAAUAGAUUUCCUGUCAAAGACAAUGUACCUUGAAGAUCGUACAGUGAGAUUGCAGCUCUGGGAUACAGCAGGGCAAGAGAGAUUCAGGAGUCUUAUACCUAGCUAUAUCAGGGACUCGUCUGUUGCUGUGAUUGUUUAUGACGUUGCAAGUCGGCAGUCAUUCCUUAACACAGUAAAUUGGAUUCAAGAGGUUAGGACUGAGCGUGGGAGUGAUGUUAUAAUUGUCCUUGUCGGGAAUAAAACUGACCUUGUGGAUAAAAGAAUAGUCUCGAUAGAGGAUGGAGAAUCUAAAGCUAAGGAAUUGAAUGUCAUGUUUAUUGAAACCAGUGCAAAAGCUGGAUUCAAUAUAAAGGCACUGUUCAGAAAAAUAGCAGCAGCAUUGCCAGGAAUGGAAACCUUGUCGACUGCUAAAUCAGAAGGCAUGGUUGACGUUAAUCUCAACUCUACCAACUCAAAUUCAGGGCAGUCUCAACAGCAGUCCGGAGGGUGUGCCUGUUGAUCUCUUUCGUACGAUCCCCAUUUCUCCUUCUGAUCUUCUAAGUGUCUGUAGAGAUCUUCUUCCAUAGCAGGAUUUCAGGAGUGGCCAUGUUUGACACUUUUUUUUGGCGGUGGGGUGUUAAAAGAUGCAGGGUACACUUUAUCAUAGUUUCAUUAUUAGAAAUGGUGUGCAUUUCUCAGCUCUUAUAUGUAUCAAUUUUCUUGUACUGAGGCGUUUAGGUAUAUUAUUGUGUUUAGUUUUGCAACGUUGUUCCUCGGCCUCGAUCAUAUGGAACUUCUGGUCAUGUGUUUCUUUAUUUUGUUCAUGUGGUUCUUGUCACCGGUUUGAACUUUGCACGGGUGAGUUCUUUCACCAAGUGCCCUUGAAAACUACGGGUUGGAAGGGUUA